UGUUCUUUGUAGGACAGUCCACAGCUGAUAAAUGAUAGCCAUCAUCUGAACAUCGGCAGUUAUCUACGGACAAGGAUCUCCCCUAAACGCACCAUGUAUUCAUUCUCUCUCAAAAAUGUAACUUUAAAGAGAGACAGCUGUUUUCAACUGAGAUAUUUUACACGCGAUCCAACAAAGCAAAGUCUACGAAUUCAAGUGAUAAGAGAUGGGCGUUUGAUAGGUAAUAAGCUGUUUCAAGGAAGAGAUUGGUCAACUGCCCGUGUCUCCAUAAAGUCUUCACUGACUAAGAUUCUUGUCAUAGUUUAUGUCUACAACAAUUUACCCGUGCUUAUAGACGAUAUUAUCAUAACAGCUAAGACGUGUGGUGCUUGUCAACAAUGGUACUAUGGUUCGAAUUGUGAGAAGAUGUCAAAAUGUAAUCAAACAAAUACUCUUUCAUUUGACGCUAAAGAUCAUUGCAACUGCAAGCUAAAUUGGUAUGGUGAAAAAUGUGAUUGUUCCCAAUCAGAAAACGAUGCAUGUAUCAAACGGGGAGAGAUCUGCACGGGAGGAGUUUGUUCUUGUGAGGACGGGUAUAUAAGAGCUGGCUUGGGUUGCAGAGAUAUUGAUGAAUGCAAAUCUUUAUGCAGAGGCUCUCUGCAAACAUGUGAAAAUAUGAACGGAUCGUACUCGUGUGUUUGUAAAAAGGGCACUUUUGGUGAUGGCACUAUUUGCUCAGAAUCCACACUUGCCAUUAUAAAUGGGUCCACAUCAAUGGAUGGAACUCUACUGAUGUGGCGAGACAAUGUUUGGGGUGCAGUUUGUCAGUCCUUUGAUCUAUUUACAGCCAUGCUAGCUUGCAAUACACUUUUUGAUAACAUUCAUGGUGUUCAACUUCCUCAAAAGGGAGGUUACAAUUCGCCAAAUGGAGUCACAUACACCUCUUUUGUUUGUGAUAAAAAAGGUAAAGGAUUUGACCUUACAAAAUGCAAUGUCUCCAUUGAUCCCUGUGAGACGGAGAAGGAUGCGACGCACCUAUCAUGUGGUGUUUGUGGUGGAGUAUAUACAUCUCGGGUUGGACUUGUAGAACCUCCUUUACAACUCCCAGCAAACACAUUGUGCUUAUUUUUGUUGGCUCCAUACAACUCAAAAAUGAUCAAUGCAACAUUCAUUUCUUUCUCAAUGAAUUCAAAUGAUCAAACUCAAGGGAAUCAAGAUCCAUCUAUCAAAUGUGACGACACCUAUCUCGAGAUUUUUGAUGGCUCAGAUAUAGAAUCACCAUUGGUUGGACGAUACUGUGGCAGUCGACCUCGAUUCACAGUCACUUCUACAGGAAAUACCUUAUAUCUUAUUUAUAAAACAUCUAGCAAUACCUUCACACGAGAUUUCCAUAUUAUCUACGAAGCAGAGAAGAAAGUAGAAAACCAUCACGCAUUGGGUGGGGUAGACGGUCAUUCUGCGCAGUGUGUGCCAAACAACGCAUCCUGUAUCAACAACAAAUAUACCUGCUAUAGAGAUCGCUACGUAUGUGAUAGCCCCUGGGGUUUAGAAAAAAUCAGAGUAUGA